CCGCCCCUCCCCCGCUGGCCGCCACCUCCCAUGGUUCCUUCCCUUUGACGCUCGCCGUGUGUCCCCAUGACCCUUGCCCUGACACUCCUCAGCGAACUCCUCAUCCCCAGACCCCAUGGAGUGGAGAGGGGCCGGCUGCCGUCUGCUGCGGCGUCUUCACGCGUGGUCGUGCGGGCGGGGGGCGCAGAGCCUGGACCUUGGGGUGUGGCCCGGGGGCGUCGAGGUGAGGGGUCGGGCGUCACAGGGGUCGGGAGGAGAGCUGGGGGGGGCCCUUCUUUCUCGUCUGGUCGUUCCGCGCCUUCAGUGCGCCCCGCAGGCAGGGUCCUGAGGAGACGCACCUGGGCCGUCUGGGGGCACAUGCAAGGAGCUGGAGCCGCGGUGGGAGAGGGGGCGUCCCUGGGGGAGCCUGCAGGAGGCCGGGCAGGGCGGCGGCCCAGCUGUUCCGGCCUGGCUUGACCAUGUGGAGAAGAAUGGCUGUAGGAGCUGGGGACCCAGGACACCCAAGGGGGUCGACCCUGCUGGGUGUCCCUGGCUGAGGCCCACCCAGCACUGUCUGGGCAGUGGCUGGAAGAUGAGACCCGCAGAUCCUGAAGCGGCCUCCCUCUGCCCGAGGGGCCCAGGUAGCCGUGGGCACCUACCCCCAGAGCCCCAGAGGUACAGGCGAGCCCCUCAAGGGGCUGGAGAUGGACAGCGGGAAGCGUUUGUUUAAGGCCUUCCUGGGGAAGAUGCCAGAGUCCCAGUCGUCCCAAGAGAACGGGCAGCCCUCGGCUCCACCAAGCCCAGCGGUGGCCUGGGGCCAGCCCGGGGCCCCGAGCAGCAGUCGGCAGGUGCUGCAGACUCAGGACUGGGUGUGCGAGCCGCAGGGGAGCAGGCCCCCGAGCCGCCGCUGGAACGUCAGCACAGACGAGCGCUGGAGGCUGGCCGUGCUGGGUGGCGGCGAGAGGCCGGGCCUCGCCGGGGCGACCCUCUCCUACAGGGACCUCGCGCAGAUCGUGGCCCAGCUGGUGUCCCAGGACGAGGACAAGGACGUGCUCUUCCCCCAUCCACCGAGGUCCGCCGAGUCCAGCAGCGCCUUCCAAGCCUUCCUGGUCCGGAGCGCGCCUUUCUGGCACAACGUGACUCUGGAGGCCCAGGCCUCGAGGUCGCCGCCCUCCUAAUAGACGACUCAGCCCUGCGUGUCCGUCUUCGGUGCCUUUCCUGUGGGUUCUGGGGAGGCGGCCUGCCAGGUCUGGGGCGCACGGCCCCUGCGCCCUCCCCAGUGCCCACCAGACAGUCAUGACCAGCCCAGGGAUGAGAAAACAGGCCUGGGAGGACGUCUGGCUGCCCUCUCCUCAGAACACUCACCCCUGAGGCCUUGGAGACCACCUCCAGUUGGGGUGACUUGCCCCAGCCCAAUCUCCAAGAGGCCACCUGGCGGGGCCUGAGGGACAGAGCAGAGUGGCCCUCCAAGAUGGCCCUCAGGGCUGCCAGGAAAGGCUGCCCACGCCCCCCAGGGGCCGUCAUCCGGGGGACAGGCCACUGUGGGCGCCCUGGGAGGGGUGUGAGGCCUUGACAGUCCCCCCUUCGGGGCCUGGUUCAUGGACAGCCCCUUAGCUGGCCUGGGUGGAAGGGGUCUGGGCUGGGGAGCCUAGCCCCUUGGGGAGCUGGGUGCCUGCCUGCAGGGGGCAGUGAGGUGGGACCAGUGAUCUUCCGGGAGCGGGGAGGUUCUGGUCAUGAACUGCUUGGUACUGGUGCCUGCCCAGGCCAGGAGCACUGCCUCUCCAGGAGGCCCCCAGGGGCACGUGUAACUCGGGGGUGAUGCCGUGAUGGGGAGAAGCCCAGAGCCUGCGGGAGCCAAGGAGGUUCCCAACACAGAGGGAGGCUUCCUGGAGGAGGUGAUGCCACCCGUCUCUGCACAGGGAGCUUGUAGCGGAACAGGGCCUGAGAAGGCAGGGUGGGGCAGCUGCGAGGAGCUGGCCCUGGCCUGCCACGGUGUCUGCCUGUGCCCCG